AUUUCAGUGGUAAACAAAACGCCGCCGUCGGUGAUUCGCAACCGGACCACGUCUGAAUCACAAAACCUGCUGUACGCUGAGCAAGAGACGGACGAGCUGCUCGCCAUGCUCAGGGAGACGGAGAGUCUCGACGAACAGGGAGACAUACUGCAGUACCUCGUGGACACGCACGGGCUCGACUUUAACACCGAUAUAAUAGAAAACGGGAAAGCUGUCACUGUUAAGGAUCUUCUCAAGGCCCUUUACGAGAAGGCUUGCACACAAAAGCUCUGGGGUCUGGUUCGACAUACCGCGGGCAUGCUGGGCAAGAGAGUCGAGGACCUCGCCAAGGCAGUCACCGACCUGCUAGUACGGCAGAAGCAGAUCACAGUGGGAAUGCCGCCUAACAACGAGCAUACUAUCACCGCGCCGUUGCCUGAAAAUGAGUUGAGGCAGUUAAUUCACUUGGCGUACGGGGACGAUGAAAGCACAGCCAUGUUGACACAAGAGCUACUGGUUUAUUUAGCCAUGUUUAUACGCACGGAACCGCAGCUGUUCCUGGAAAUGUUGAGGCUCAGAGUCGGACUAAUUAUUCAGGUGAUGGCUACAGAAUUGUCAAGAACCUUGUCCUGUGAUGGUGAGGAGGCUUCGGAACAUUUGCUCAACCUGUCACCCUUCGAAAUGAAAAACUUACUGUAUCACAUCUUGAGCGGGAAAGAGUUUGCUAUCAAUAGUGCAAAUUCUCUGUCUGUUAUAAAGGGAAAAAUCGAUAGAAAUAAAGUUGGCCGCGGCAAUUUCUCGAUAGUGAGCAAUAAAUCGAACCGUUAUGGAAAGAAAUCUCAAAUUGUAUUAGAAGGUCAAUCACUACAAGGCGGCAUAGAUGACUCGCCCAAUACGGAGCCAGAUCGGCAAGGACAGUGGUUACGCAGACGUCGGUUGGACGGGGCGCUUAACCGCGUACCGCGGGACUUCUAUCCUCGGGUUUGGGGUGUGUUGGAGAAGUGUCAAGGUUUAGUAAUUCAAGGUAAACUUCUUCAACCGAAUUUGACACAAGAGAUGACAUCCGGUGAAUUGAAAUUCGCCCUUGCUGUUGAAACCGUACUGAACUCCAUACCCCAGCCGGAAUAUAGGCAGUUGGUAGUCGAAGCUCUAAUGGUGUUGACCUUGGUUGUUGAAUAUAAGGCGGUUUCCCAUUUGGGUGGCACUAUAGGCGUCGAACAAUUAGUACACAAGGCGAACCAGAUAUUUUUAGAAGACCAGAUGCGGUGCAACGGCGACGCAACGCUCUGCUGCGCGAAGCUCGAGCGGUCGGCGGCUGCGGUGGGCGGAGCGGGCGGAGCGGGCGGCGCGCUGGUGUGCGGCGGCGCGGCCGGCGUGUGCCAGCACCUGUACGACAGCGCGCCCAGCGGCAGCUACGGCACCAUGACGUACCUGGCGCGCGCCGUGGCCGCGCUGCUGGCCGACCGCCUGCCCACCGACCAGCCCAUCGAGUGCGCCAUCACCUAACCGACAACGUUCUACAAACGUCUACGACCUUCUCUGCUGCGAGCGUCCUGGUUGCUACGUGUUGUUCGUUAUUCCCUCUCCAGUAACUGUCCCCAUACAUGUAACAGUAGCUUGUAGUCAUUCUCUUCAUCGUGUCGGUCAAAGCGGAUCAAGCUGCUAACUAGUUAAAAAUGUCAAUAGUAACGUUAUUUUAAUCAAGUAAAUGCCUGUUUCAUCGCUCGCCAUACUCAUUAUUACAGUAUGCCAUAUCAAAUUGUUAUGAAAAUUAUUUCAGUUCUAAUCAAUCUAAACCUAAAGCCGCACUAAGGUUGUAUGUAGCAGGCGAUUAUAUUUCGCAUUCUCAAAACCAUUAUGCGUUCACGCAUUACGGUUAAAAACUGCCCCCAACAAACCAAAAAAGUGAUGGCGGUAAGCGCUAUAUACGAGUGCGCCUAAGUUUCAGAUGAACAAACUAGUUGCACUGUCGCGGGAAUAAAUCGCCAAAGCGUUUGCUUAUAUCGAUAUAUUGGAAUUGCAAAAUGACGUAGCUAAAAACCAUAAUAUACCAUAGUAGUGCGGCCUUACACUAAAAGAAAAAAACAAUAUCUGGCAAAACAGCCCUAUGUAUUUACAUGUACUUUUAGUCAAUACUAAAUCAUCUCAGGAAUGUUACAGUUUAAAAUAACUUACCUUAAUCCUCAGCUAUUACUCUUGCUUUAAUUGUACAUCAACAUGAACACAAAAAUUUGGGCCUAAUUUGACAAGCCCAAUCAAUAGUUAUGAACGAAUCUUUAUUUUAGUUGAGAGAUAAGUUUGUUUUUAUAUGAAAAAUUAUAUUGUACUAGAGAAUAAUAUGAUAUUUUGUGACAAAUUUUAAUCUUUUAUUUAUUUACUCAUGAAAUCGUUAAGGGCAAUUUAUGCAUCAUUUAUACAAUUUUAAGAAUCAACUGGCAAUAUUAAAUGCCCUUAGCCCAGCAGUAUAUUAUGUAUUAUAAAUUAUAUUGUUGACAUAAGACACUAGAGAUAGAUGAUUUUAUUAACAAUAGUAUUGUCAUUAGGGGUGAUAUUGAAUGUAAUAAAGAUAUUUCUGAAAUGAUUAAAGAAUCUUUAGCAACAUUAUAUAAAUUUAAAUUGUAUUUGUUUAUAAAAAAAUAUAUUUUAAUUGAUAAAUUA